AUGAGGCUGCUCGCCGGUGCCCAACAUGGCUCCUACGCGGCAUUAGAAAGCGAAGAAAACUCGAAUCUUCUCGGCGAUGACAACGACAACCACAGCCAUGACGAGGAUCCCGCCGUUAAUGUUGACGUCGACGACGAGGCUACGCCCGCCCCCGAUAUUCAGCCCGGUGUUCAGAGCAUUGAAGCGGUGACGGUAGCAUGGACUGCCACCGCUCUACUCUUCGCCUACAUUAUGAUCUGGCUCAUUUACUUUGUUGAGGGCAUGCUCUCGGCCACUACAGGGAUCCUGACUCCUUACGUCACGUCCGCCUUCGCGAUGCAUUCGUUCACGCCUACCGUUGGCAUUCUGAGCAGCGUUAUCGGUGGUGUCACCAAUCUCACCCUCGCCAAAAUCCUUGACGUCUUUGGCCGACCACAAGGGUACCUCUUCUGCAUUGUGUUAGCCACGGUCGGGCUCGCAAUGAUGGCCGCGUGUAGCAGUGUUCAGGCCUACGCCGCCGCGCAGGUUUUCCAAACGGUUGGGAACAACGGUAUCCUGUAUAGCCUAACAGUUUUUGUUGCCGACACUUCUUCGCUGCGCAAUCGGGGCUUGAUGCAGGCUAUUGUUAGUUCGCCUAACCUGAUUACAUGCUGGCUGGCUGGCCCGAUAUCUUCGGGAUUCCUGAAUGGGCCUGGCUGGCGUUGUGCGUUUGGGAUGUUUACGAUCCUCGUGCCAGCCAUCACUCUCCCACUCUUUCAGCUUCUGCUACACAACUACCUCAAGGCUAAGAAUAUGGGCCUCAUUGUACAGAGCAAGGGUGAGAACGAGAGCGAUCGCACUGCGUUGCAGUCCUUUCUCCAUUAUUCUCGGCAAUUCGACGCCAUCGGCCUCAUCCUGCUGUCCACCGGCGUUGCCAUCUUUCUGCUCCCUUUCAAUCUAUAUGCAUUACAAGGCUGGAACUCACCACGUGUAGUUGCAAUGCUAGUUGUAGGCAUCACCCUUAUUAUCUCCUUCGUUGUGUGGGAGGGAUAUUAUGCCUCCAUCACAUUUGUGCCCUAUUCCAUCCUCCUUGACCGUACGGUUUUAGGCGCCUGCAUUCUCUCUGCUACGUUAUUUAUUAGUUUCUGGUGCUGGAAUAGCUUCUUUAGCUCAUAUCUACAAGUUGUGAAUGAUCUCAGCGUCGAGAAUGCUAGCAACGUUGUACAGUCAUACACUGUCUGUUCCGUUGUGUCUGCCAUCGCGGUCGGUUCCUUGAUUCAUUAUACUGGACGCUUCAAACCUGUCUGUCUCUACCUUGGAAUCCCGCUGAGCAUCUUGGGCUCUGGCCUGAUGAUGUAUUACUGCAAAAUCGAUGGUAGUGUCGGCUACAUCAUCAUGUGCCAGCUUUUCAUUUCUAUAGCAGCUGGCACGAUCAUGGUCUGCGACGAGGUUGCAAUCCUGGCUGCAGCUUCGCAUCAGCAUGUCGCCGUUUGCAUAGCCGUGUUAGGGAUGUUUGGAAACAUUGGCGGCGCGAUCGGCCUAACGGUGGCAUCCGCCAUUUGGCAGAGCGUCUUCCCCAGGAAGCUGAUGGAUUAUAUUCCUGCCGAUGAGCUUCCAAAUCUACCUAAAAUCUACGCAAACAUCUCGACUCAAUUGUCAUAUCCGGUCGGGUCUGCGACUCGUCUCGGCAUUCAGCAUGCCUAUAGGGAUGCUCAGAUGAGUAUGCUGGCCGUCGGAACCGCAGUCUGGAUUGCUGGUUUCGUCGGAGUCACCAUUUGGCGGGACAUUAACGUCAUCGGUAUCAAGCAAAACAAGGGACACGUUUGGUAG